CAGAGGGUUUCUGAGAGGGUGGGAAAAGAUCAAGCAGGACCAACUUGCUUUUGUAUGAGUGAAAGAGUGCACAUAGAAGAAAUAUCAUAUGAGCAGGGAAUCUAAGGACUUUUUUUUAAUGGAAGGAGACAAACUUGGACGUCUAUUUAUAAAGAUCAUGGGAAGCCAACAGCCUCCUGGAUCUCUGAACUUUUCUGCCACACUGAACAAUAAGACUGCAUCCCCAAAUUUUACUGAGCUACAGAUGGUGUUGCUUGGCUUAGCCAUGUUCCUACUGGUCCUGGCUAUUGUUCUUGGCAACAUACUAGUGAUCACUGCAAUUGCCCGUUUCCAGAGGCUCCAGAAUGUCACUAACUGCUUUAUCAUGUCACUAGCCUGUGCUGACUUGGUCAUGGGACUUGUGGUGGUACCCUUUGGGGCCAUCUACAUCAUCCUCAACACGUGGCAUUUUGGAAGAUUCUGGUGUGAGUUCUGGACAGCCACUGAUGUGCUUUGUGUAACAGCUAGCAUCGAGACUCUCUGUGUCAUUGCCCUGGAUCGCUACCUUGCCAUCACCUCCCCUUUCCGCUACCAUUCCAUGCUGACCAAGUGCAAGGCUUACACUGUGGUACUGAUUGUGUGGAUCAUUGGAGGCCUUAUCUCCUAUCUGCCAAUCCAUUUAAAGUGGUGGAUUUCCAGCACUGAAGAGGCAAUGCUCUGCAUGAACAACACCCUCUGCUGUGAGUUUCACACCAACCGAAGCUAUGCUAUUAUCUCUUCUAUUAUCUCUUUCUACAUCCCUCUUGUGAUCAUGGUGUUUGUCUACAGUCGUGUCUUUCAAGAGGCUAGAAAACAGCUGAAAAAAAUAGUCCAGAGUGAAGGCCGUUUCCACCAAAGUGGAGGUCAGCAGGAAUUCAGUGACACAGAGGCUGGCAGAGAAACUAGAACCAUCAAAAAGCCUAGGUUCUGCCUGAAAGAACACAAGGCUCUAAAAACCCUAGGUAUUAUUAUGGGAAUCUUUACAUUGUGUUGGCUUCCUUUCUUUGUCCUUAAUGUGGUGGUGAGUGUCCAUGAAGUGGACAACAUCAAGGUACCAUUUAGAAUAUUAAACUGGAUUGGUUAUGCAAACUCGGCCUUCAACCCUCUGAUUUACUGCAGGAGUCCAGAGUUCCGAUAUGCAUUUAGGCAGAUCCUGUGCAAGAAGAGGACUCAUUAUCCCAACUUGCGAGUAUGCAAUGGAUACAAAUAUAGUGGACAGAGCUGGCAGAGUGAGCACCAAGGAAGGAGCAAGUGUAGCUCAGAGGACAGUGAUCCAGUUGAAGGGGGCUUGGAGAAGGAGGAAUGCAGCUAAGAAUCACUCUAAUUGCAUUUGUAAUAAGCAAUCUCACAUUUGUCAUUUCCUAUGUCACAACACAUUCCACUGUCACUGUAAUGGCAAAGAAUUGAAGCAUAAACAAAUGUACCACAUGGCAUCUCCCACAUGGCCUGCAGUGGAGACAGCUUUCAGAGUACAGUACACAUAUUUUUCACAUUUUCACAUAUAUCUAAAGACAAUGUUCUACCUCACUGUAUAUUUUUCUCCGGCCUUUAAUUUCUAAUUCCAUAUUAAGCCACUAUUCACAAAAAGAAAAGCCAUAAAAAGCCACUGUAAUUGUCAUUUAAAAAGAGAAUGUGGGAAAAUACAAGUGUCUUGUCCAAGACACAAUGUGAGCAAAUGUGAAAAAUAGAUUUAUUUAAGGAUUUCUUUAAAAUAAGGAAUCCAAACUAAUGGCAAUAAUUUUGUUUUUAGGUGGUCAAACACAUUAUUGGUUACAAUCAACUGGUUGGAAAGAACCACAUUGUACUAUUCUUGGUACUUUUACAUCAAUUGUCCCUUUUCUGAUCAAUUUUAAUGCAAACCAAAGCAUAGUGAAAUAGAUUUGUUAAGUUGGAACUUUACCAAUUAUUUGCUUGGAUGUCUCUUCACCUCACUCUAUUGGGGACUUAUUGUUUUAAUUUAUCUGCUGUUAUUUGGCCAUGGAGUUUAUUGUAGUUCUAUAGUGCCUUGCAAUUCCACAUAAAUUUACACAUACCACUCGGGUAGUGCUCUAUUAAUAGUUCAUCAUGCUAUUAAUACAACAUUGUAACAGUGCAUCAUUUGAUGGUUAUCAUCUUGGUUUAUUUGUCUUGAUUUUGACCUUUACACUUGUAAUGUAACUGCUGCUACCACAGGGAAAGACAGGAAAAUGUUACUGCUCUCAUACCAUCUUGGUUACGAAUUUACAAAAAUCAGUUCUUUAUCCGCUGAAUCCUAAUGUCUUAAUGAACAAUGUAUAAAAAUACUGUCCAUCCCUGCACAUAAAAUGAAAUAGUUACUAUGAGGUUAAAGGGUAAAAGCAUGAUUUAAUUAAAUAUUAAUCACUUACUUAUUCACUUUAUUCAUCUCUACCUUUUAUUGUAUUUUAUGUAUUAUGCAUCCUGUGUUGUGUUCAGCAAGUAAAUAUGAUGGACAUAGCUGAAUGUUAUGGGUGCAUAGGAUCAAAUUUAUAGUAAAUAUUAUAUAUAUUUAUUGGACAUGAAACUUGAGUCCUCCAGCAGUAACAGACUCCAAAUGGAAAUAAUCUGUCAAACAUCUGUACCUGGAUAUUUUGUUGGCUGUCUUGCAAUUUAACUAGAGUGUAUAUAGAAUUUAAGCAAUAUAGCAUUUAAAAAAUUGACCAAUUGUAUAAUUAGCUUUGGUACCUUCAAUCAGAAGAUUAUGUAUAAACAGUGUGUAUUCGUAUGUGGUUUACCUGAUCUGUACAUUUUUUAAUUGAAUUUUAAUCUUCAAACUGAAUUGCUUUUUAAAUUGAAGUUGACAUAUUAUUAAUUAUUAAUUACAUGAGCUAUAAGACUAAGGUAAAACAACAGUUGAUCUUAGUUACUACUACAUAUAACAGCAUGAUAGAAUAUGAUAUGAAUGAGUGCUAUAUUCUGGUCUUUCUCUGUGGGCAGAGCCUGCCAAAUAGUUCACCUCGGAACUGUUCCAAGCUUCCAUUAGAUAAAUAGAUAGAUAGAUAGAUAGAUAGAUAGAUAGAUAGAUAGAUAGAUAGAUAGAUAGAUAGAUAGAUAGAUAGAUAGAUAGAUAGAUACUGAUUAUCUUUGUGUAAUGUCUGUACAGUAACUGAAAUCUUUAUCUGCAGGUGAUGAUGGAUUUAAUGCAUGCAGUGCACUAAAACAUUUCUGUGUGUGUGUUUGUGUGUGUGUGUGUGUGUGUGUGUGAGAGAGAGAGAGAGAGAGAGAGAGAGAGAGAGAUCGUAUGAGAGAACUUGUAUAUGAGUAUUUUUAGAGGCGUUUAAAAAGCUAUUUGUGAGCUAAACUGUGCACAUGGCUAGAUUUGUUGAUGCAAAGCCAACAAGUGGUUGAAACUGUGAAUGUUGUUCUUUUCAAAUAUCUUGUGUACUGUAUAAUGAUCUGUUUGUGCUCUUUGUUUAUUUGUGUUAAUGGUUUAUUUAAACCAUUUAUGUCUUUAUUUAGGUAAAGUUUUGCCUUAUCUUCACUGAUAUAUAUUUCAGAAACAUAAUUGUCAAAAUUAUGUGCAAUCACAAUAUUUUAAUGAAGUAUAUUGAAUGUAUUGAACACAAUAGACAGGCUUAAUGAACUUGCUCUGGCUGUAGAGACUACACUGUAAAAAUAGUUAAUGCAAAUAGUGUGAUAAUUGCACAGAAUAAAUCAGACAACUUGCUCUUCACCCUUCUGGUAAAUUUAAGCUGGUGGUGUAGUUCAGAUGAAAAACAUUCUGAAGCAAAUAUCAAACACAUCUUUUGAUUGUGGGUGCAAGCUUUCCAACAGAGCUCCUAACAGCCAUGCCUUUUGUUCUGAGAUAGCCCCGGUCUAGCAUUGGUUUAAUGAUCAUAUGCAAGCACCUAGUAGAAGUUUCUGCUGCUUUUUGCAGAUAAUGCUUGUAUUUGUGGAAUUAGCAAAGCAUUACCAGUUCCUUCAGUGUCUCACUUGCUUUUCUUCAUCACCCUCCAGCUAACAGAGCAGAAUGUCCUAGGAAGAUAUACACAGAGUUAUUUUUUUAAGUAUAGUGACAAAUGAAUGUUCACUGGAGGUUCAUUUUGUUGUUUUUGUUAUUUGAAAUUUACUGCCAACCCUUUGGAUGUAUUGUGCCAUGUCUUCAGUAUUACACAAUUUUCUACUUUUGCUUUGAUUACUAAUACUACACAAUUUAAUUACCAGUUUGGCUGAAAUAUCAAUAUAACCAUCACAGCUUUUCAUCCUAUCAGAAAGAUAAUUAAAAUGACAAUUAUUUUGUUAUUUCUGCUGGAAAGAAUUGAAAAAAUAAUGUACGUCAUUAUAUAAGAUCAGCUUUCUCAAAAGAUCAAGAACCAGCAUUGAUUAUUAGUUAUAUGAACACUGUCUGCUUGAACAAUUACUGAUAUUUUCAGAUAUCUUUUCUUUGAUUAUUCUACUGGCAUUAUAUAAUAGCCUCUUUUUAAGAAAAAAAGCGCACAGUACAAAUAUGCAUACAGUUAUAAAGUUGUCAGCACUGAGAUAUUUUUCUUAGAAACACAGAUAUGGUUACAUAUGUGCUCUUGCUUGACAAAAAUUCCAGAUCAUUUACCAGACGUUCUGUGGCAUGUGUAUAUCUGUGCCGGGUUAAUGUUUACUUAUGUUUAUUAUUAUUAUUUUUUUUACUUUUGCAAAAGAUGUAUUGCUGUUUUAUCAAGCUCAUGAUGUUCUAAAAUGUUGUCCAGUGAUAUUUAUUAUAUACAAGAAUUAUGGCAUGUUAUGACAUAUUUAAUAAAUA